UAGUUCGGCGGCGUGCAUCGCUUCAGAAGGACAACUGAUAAAAGAUUAAAGCGGGUCUAGUAUCAGUUCAUCCUCCGGUGAGUGAAGACUCCCUAUGCCGAGGAAUCAGAUGUAGGCAGUGAGUUAAUUGAAUCAGUUCAACGAACGCUUCCCGUCGUUGAUUGCGGCUCCCUAGUGAAUCUCUGGACGUGCAACGUUGUUCAGAAGGUUGUGAAGUGGUAGUGAUGAGGACCAGCUGAUUACUGAAUCCAGAAACUUCUGAUUGUGUGCAAUUUUGUGGAUAUCUGGAGAUGUACAGAUUCAGCUGUUGCGCGGUCGUGGCAUGGUUGUGUAUAACAUGCGCCCAAGGAGAUUCCAACCCCAUGGAGGUUCUCUCACCUAAGCUAACGCACUGCAGUCACGAAAGAGCUUACGAUAUGUAUGGGGCUUAUUGCGCUGGUCUGCGUCUGAACAAGAUUCCAAGUUUGAAGAGCGGCAUCGAGAUCUUGGACUUCAGUGACAACAGAUUAUACGAAAUCCUGACCGAUACGCUGUCCAGUUACUCAAAUAUAAAAUACCUCUACUUGACUGAAAACCAAAUAUACCGCAUUGACAAGGAUGCUUUCGACUCUCUACCGUACCUGCAAAGUUUGGACCUCUCAAACAACGUCAUACUGGAAUUACCAAAUUCUAUUUUCCAAUUACCAUCCUUGCGCAACCUUUAUUUGAAAAACAAUCCAUUGCUUCACAUGAGUAUAAGUAAUUUACAUCUCAGUAGACCAAUAAAAGCUCCUUUAGAACUGCUAGAUAUAUCUAAUUGCAAACUAGAGAUCUUACCGAACUGGGGGACCCUGCCACAUUUAGUGCACUACAACGUUUCGUAUAAUCCUCUGAUGUCGCUUGAAGCGCAACAAUUCGCUGCAAUGUGCAACUUGAAGAAAAUUGAUCUAACGAAAUCUAUUGAAGUAAUUAAUUUGUGUAAAAUAAAAACCGCUGUCUCCUGGUAUCAAUACAAAUCGAUUAAUUUCAUAUUGGAUUCGGAUGACUACAAAAAACUUAAUUCCGAUGAGUUUCAUAGGUGUUCCACAAACGAUACUUACUUGGAAGUUCUCAACGUGACGUAUGUGAGAUGUAAGGAUAUGUAUUCAAAGUUCCAGAGCGUGCACACCGCCCGUCGUACAUGGCUGACAGUGACCGGCGGGCUCGCCGGCUUCCUUGUCGGCUUCAUGCUGCUCCUCUACCUGAUGCAUCGGCACAACGUGGCCCAGACCAAGACCCCAGCGGAGAAGAUCAAGAAGAUUGUGCCCAAGAACGACAGCGAUAGACACGCGGCCGUGCCGAUCCUCAAUAACGAUGGCGGUUCUUCUACAGUUUGAUUCACUAUGGUUUAAGUUUAGUCGGUUUUUAUAGAAAAAUGGUUGUGUGCUUCGAACCUUAUUCGGGUAUUUUACGUCAUUUUUGGGCAUUCGGGUAUUGUAAAUUUGGGUUUUUAGCCUAGAUCGUUAAAGAUCUAAGAACGACCUAUUGUCAAAAUAGACUAAAAGUGGCCCAGACGGAAUGUUUACAAUAUGCCAUCAGAUCUAUAAAUCUCGAUGUCUUUUCUUUGAUCACGCUAAAUUAUGAAGAAUAAUGUUAUAGAAGAGAUAGUUUUUAAAAAAUAUGCAGGAUUUAGACUGGGCGCGCCCUUGUCAUACCAACUUGAUUUGUGAUAUACAUAUCUACCUACCCUUUUUUUUUAUUUGCCUCAUUGCCAAAUAGUCUUUUGGGCCGACGUAUUUUGGAACAAAAAAUUAUACUUGUAAAUUCACCUCAAAAAAAAAUUAUUGCUUUGCACUUUCUUAUGAAAUAGUCAUAUCAUAGGCCGGUUGGGUCAACUAUUUAGUUGAAGUAUGAUUCUAAACUAAAUGCACGAUACCUAAGUUUCAAACACCAAAGAGGGGUAGUCUAUUGUUUACUUAUAGUCUAAUAGAUUUUUUAGAUCUGAUAUUAUUAGAUUUCUUAGUAUUAAGGCACUUUGUUGAAAAAUCUAUAGGAUGGUAUUUUACUAGUCUAGGUCGAUAUUAAGAAGGUACGUGCUAAACCUCUACUAUAAGUCUUGAGUAAUGCAAAACGUAGACCAAACACAAUAAUUGUGUGAAUUAUCUUAAUAAAUUGUCAUGAACAUAAGGUAGAACCUAUUUAUUUCUAUCCCAAUAUAAUGAUUAGCUCACAUUUAUUUUGGUUAAUUCUCAUAAAUAAAGGGCUUCCAAAGUUUUUCUUUUUUUUCAAUUUAUAAAACAAUAUAAAAUCCGUCCGCGAGCUUUGUCUGUCUCUUUUGGAAUCUAGGACAUUUGGUUAUAGUUUUAACGCAUUUGAUAUCUUCCAUUAUAUUUACUUUAAGAGGCUUAUAAAGGCUGACUAGAUUUAUAAAUUUGUGUUUAUGCCUAUGUGUACAAUGUCCUUUUUGCCAAUAUAAAUGGGACAAAUAUAUUUACUUUGAGACCAAAGAUUUAAAUAUUAUCUAACCCAAUUUUUUUUAAGAAAGUUUUGAGAUCUUGUGAUUAAUUUUCCUCGUACGUAAGAUUUCCUGUAGGUUUUUCAUACAUAAUUUUUAUUGCAAAUAACAUUUACUCUGUAUAUUUAUUAAAAACGAAUAAACAAAGAAGAAACGUGCAAGAAUUUUUUCAAAUUAAUGGCAACUGCUGCCUAUACCACAAGGUAGGAUCUUAUACUUUUUAUAUAGUAUAUUAAUUUAACUCUAUUAAUAAUAAUAAGAACACUUUAUUAUGAAUUAGUCACUGGAUUUGUAAUAACUAUUUUUAUGUUGAUAUAUCGGUCCAAAAAUUUAGUCUAAGAUAGGUACACUAAAAUUACUGUGAUAGAGUAGAAAUCGUUAUUUUUAAUAAAGUUAUCAUAAUAAAUUA